CGUAUCAUGUUCAUGUGAGCGUCUCCAUGACACCGCAUGAAGCUACUUUGGAUAGCUACAUGAUACCACUCUCUUUGCUACGCUCUAUGCUUCUGCUGGAAAACUGAAAUGUGCAACAAUGACGUUUGUCUGCUUCUUGGAGCAACUGGCGUCGGAAAAACGUUGUUGAUGAAACGUCUACAAAAGCUUAGCUUGCAAGGAUUAGGUGAACUGGGGGAACCGUCUCUUACUCUGCCUACAGUAGGAACCAACCUGACCGACCUGACACUAAAGAAGAAGAAGAAGGUUACAUUAAGAGAGCUGGGAGGCUGCAUGGGCCCUAUAUGGCCUAGUUACUUCAAAGACUGCUCCUCUGUCAUUUUCAUGGUGGACUCAGCCAACAUUGCUCAGAUGUCCUCCUCCUGUAUCCAGCUGCUGUCAGUACUCUCUGCUGAGCCUCUGCACAGUGCCUCUGUUCUUAUUCUGUUCAACAAGAGAGAUAUGCCUUGCACUAUGAGUCUCAUAGAGAUAAAGUCGCUUUUCAGAAUGGAUGACAUCAUAGCAUCUGCUACACAGCCAAUCACAUCACUGGAACUCAGUGCCCGCACUGGACAGGGACUUCAGGAGGUGCUGAGCUGGCUGGAGUCCAUCAUAGUCAAGUGAACCAUCAUACAUUUGUUCCUAAUGAAGUGGUGCUUCUCUCACAGGACUUUGAAUGAUGACUUCAAGCCUUUUGGCAUGAGAUGGCAGUAUCCUCAGUGAGCAAAGACUGUUUCCACACAUUUUUUAAGAGCAUUUAAUGAUGUGUUUAGUGUUGGCCCCACUGAAAAAUGAGAUAUAUUAGCUAUGCCAUGGCAGGAUGGAAUGAUUGUAUGGUUGACCAUUGUAACAUUUGUUAAAUCAACACUACUUUAGGGUCUUGCCUUCAGUUAACCAUUGUUUAUACUGGUCACUUUUACUAAUUCAUCUCUGUACAGAUGAAUAGUGAACUGCUGGGAUUCAUGACUGACUGUAGUUUGAUUCUCAUGCUACUCUAAGUAAGGACUAGUUUUGUUAUAAAACAAAAUAAGCUAUUGCACUUCAGUUUGAAUUACAGGUUAAGUGUGACAAAUAUGUUAAAAUAGCUUGAUUUGUCAGAGUAGUUAUUGUAAGUGAUGCAGCAUAGUGGUAAUAAGUCUCUACCAGCAGGGGGCAUAAAGUGCACAACAGAUACUGCAACUGGUACUGGGUGUGUGCCUGGGUUGUGAUGAUUUCAUAUAAAUGUAUUGAUAUCACAGGAAAUGAGAAAAUACAAAACAAUAAAACCAACUGAGGAUGAA